AAGCCCCGAGGCCAAAAGGGGUUCCUUUCCUUUCAGUUUUUCUAGUCUUGAUUCAUUGAUUCAGCUCCUUGCAGUGUGUGUAUGUGUUUUUGUUUAUAUAGCUGUCUUUUUCCUUCGCACCAAAAUAAAAAUCUCUCUCCCAAACUCUCUCUUCUCCCUUUGGGAUUCCAGUCCCAAAAGCUCUCUCUCUCUCUCACUUUUCCCUCUCGCUGUUGAUUUUCCUUCUUAAUUCGUCGACACCUCAGUUUCUAAAUAAGGAAAAGGGUGUAGUUAACUUUAAGAUUCUCUACUUUUCCUUCGUUUUCUCGGCAGCCGAACGUAGGCCUGGGAAUUAUUUGUAUUUUAUGCUGCUCUCAGCUUAGUGGAUGAUUGAGGGAAUGGCUAAACAAAUUGUUCCCACACAACCGGGUGCUUCUUUUGAGUACGAGCUUCUUGAAGAUGAUCCCGAACACCUUAUAACCGUGGUGGCCUCCUCAAGCCAGAGAAGUCCAUGGAUUGAACCUUCGAAAUUGAAACUUAGACACAGAAUCGGGAGGGGCCCUUUUGGGGAUGUUUGGUUAGCAACUCAUCAUCAGUCGACCGAAGACUAUGAUGAGUUUCAUGAAGUGGCUGUCAAGAUGUUACAGCCGAUCAAAGAGGAGCACACGAGGGCUUUGUUGGAUAAGUUUGAGGAUUUGUUUUCCAAGUGUCAAGGUGUAGGAGGUGUUUGUUGGCUACAUGGGGUUUCAAUUAUAAGUGGAAAGAUAUGCAUCGUUAUGAAAUUCUACGAGGGAUCGGUUGGUGACAAAAUGGCUUGCCUUCGAGGAGGGAAUCAUUCAUUGCCUGAUGUUUUGAGAUAUGGUAUUGAUUUGGCUCAGGGAAUUCUGGAACUGCACUCAAAAGGGAUUUUAGUGCUUAACCUUAAACCUUCUAAUGUGCUUCUUAAUGCAAAUGAUCAAGCAAUUCUAGGAGAUUUUGGUAUCCCUUAUCUACUUCUUGGUAUCCCAUUCCCACGCUCAGAUAUGGCUCGCAGGCUUGGAACACCAAACUAUAUGUCUCCAGAGCAAUGGCAACCAGAAGUGAGAGGUCCAAUAUCCUUGGAGACCGAUUCAUGGGGAUUCGGGUGCUGCAUUGUUGAGAUGUUGACUGGUGUUCAGCCUUGGCGCAGGAGAUCUGUAGAUGAAAUUUAUCAUUCAGUCGUCAGAAAGCAAGAAAAGCCAUGUAUCCCUGAUGGCCUUCCUCUACUACUUGAGAAUGUUCUAAUUGGUUGCUUUGAGUAUGACUUGAGGAGUCGUCCUUUGAUGACAGACAUAUUGCAUGUGUUUCAAAGCUUGAAGAAUACCAUCAACAAUGAGGGAGGCUGGACAGGUCUUGGAAGUUGUUCAAUCUUGGAAAAAUCAAGUAACACUGGUUACACACACUGGUUCCUUGCAAAGGAUCAUCUGCAAGUGGGUGACACGGUGCGCUCCAGAAAGCCACCAAACUCGUGCAAACCUGAAAACAUGGAAGUCCCAGAAGGAACAGUUGUGGGUUUAGAACGCGACAAAGAUAGAGAUAGAGAUGGUUUUGUUUUGGUGAGGGUCCAUGGCAUCCAUGACCCAUUAAGGGUUCAUGUCUCAACUCUGGAGCGGGUCACAAUUGGCUUGGCAGCUGGUGAUUGGGUACGCUUGAAGGAAGAAGACAAGAAGCACUCACCAGUGGGUAUUAUUCAUUCCAUCAAUCGUGAUGGAACUGUGGCUGUUGGAUUUAUAGGGAUGGAAACUCUUUGGAAGGGAAGCUCUUCUGUGUUCCAGAUGGCAGAAUCUUACUGUGUGGGCCAGUUUGUUAGACUGAAAGCCAAUGUUCUGAGCUCUCGAUUUGAGUGGCCUCGUAAAAGGGGUGGUGCUUGGGCUACAGGGAGGAUUCGGUGGAUCCUACCGAAUGGGUGCCUUAUUGUCAAGUUCCCAGGGAUUUUGACUUUUGGAGAUGAAUGGACCACCUACUUGGCUGAUCCAGCUGAAGUAGAAGUGGUUACAUUUAACACUUGCCCAGGGAUGGUAAACAAGUAUCAGCACCUUGAGGAUUUUCACUGGGCAGUGAGACCACUUCUGAUUACACUGGGCCUAUUUACAGCCAUGAGGCUAGGCAUCUUUGUUGGAACGAAAAUGGGGAUUUCGAAAGCGAAGAAGCGACAGGCCAGUGCUAUACAAGCUGACAGUGAACACAUGGAUAGCCAAAAUGCUGGCAAUCCUGCAUGGAUCCCUCCAAAAGUGGCAAAUAUGCUUUUUGUUAGUAAAGCUAGUUAACUUUGCUAAAGCUCAUACAAACUCGCGUAGCUGGUAUUUUAGCUAGUUCUGGGCAUUUUACUGACUCUUGGCUGAAGUGUAAUAGGAACUAAAAUAUUCCUGCCAAAUGUUUAUUUAUAGCUUCAGCGCAAACUGGCUGUUCAUAAAUUGUAAAGAUGCACUUUUAUGCUAAUCGAGUAAUAUGCUGUAAUUAUUGUUA